GGCCAGGAAUUGUGGGGGAAGGGAGUGGUGUAUAGACGGAAGGCGGAGGGAAGGAAGGGAGUGAGAGGGGCGGAGCGUGAGAAGGGCGGAAAGGGUGGCCGAGCGCGGGCGGAGGACGGAGAAGGGGGCGGCGCGGGCCGGAACCUCGAGGCUUUUUUUCAGGUUUUUCGUAAUAACUAUAAUAGUAACUAAAUUCAAAACAGAGGUAGAAGUCAAAGGACAGUUAAAUAAGCUUACUUUCAGUUGCUUUUUAAAGACGGAAAGCUCAUGGUGCAAAUUGUUAUUUCCAGUGCUGGGGCUGGAGGCCUGGCAGAAUGGGUGCUGAUGGAGCUACAGGGGGAGAUCGAGGCUCGCUACAGCACUGGAUUAGCUGGAAACCUCCUGGGAGACCUACAUUACACCACUGAGGGAAUCCCUGUGCUGAUCGUGGGGCAUCAUAUCCUGUAUGGAAAAAUCAUCCAUCUGGAGAAACCUUUUGCUGUCCUUGUCAAACACACUCCUGGGGAGCAGGACUCUGAUGAGCUUGGCUGCAAGACUGGCACCCGGUACCUGGUGACAGCACUCAUCAAAAACAAGAUCCUUUUCAAAACUCGCCCCAAACCCAUUAUCACCAACGUCCCCAAGAAAGUAUGA